CUGAAGUCUGGGGCUUGCGGGAGGUGAAGGAGGAAGGAUGGGGGGAAAAGGGUGUUCAGAGGGUUGGAUUUGCAGAUGGGAAAUUCAUACCAAACAUCAUGUCAAGAUCUGAUAGAGUCACUCGAUUCAUCAGAACCUGAAUAUCAUCGGCCUUUGAAUGUGGAAGGAGAAAUAUUUAUUUGUUCUGACUGUAAGGAAAGAUUUCAAACAAUACUGUGACUGAAUAGCACUGAGACAUACACAAAUGAGUGAGAGUAUUCCAGUGCACUGAUUGGAAAGAGUUUUAACCAGCAACACAGCCUAAAAAAAAAGUGCACCAUUCACAGCGGGGAGGGACUGUACACAUGUUCUGUGUGUGGAUGAGUCGUCAACUGAUUGUCAAACCUGGAUAGAAACAAGGACACCCACACCAUGGAGAAACCGUGGAAAUGUGGGGACUGUGGGAAGGGAUUCAAUUACCCAUCUGAGUUGGAAACACAUCGACGUAUUCACACUGGGGAGAGGCCGUUCACCUGCUUUGUGUGUGGGAAGGGAUUCACUCAGUCAUCCAGCCUCUACACACACCAGCAUGUUCAUACUGGUAAGAGGCCAUUCACUUGCCUUGAAUGUGGGAAGGGAUUUAAUGCAUUAUCAACCCUCCGGACUCACCAGCAAGUUCACUCUGACCAAAGACCAUUCAAAUGUUCUGACUGUGAGAAAAGCUUUAAAAGCAGAAAGGAUCUACUGAUACACCAACGCUCUCACACUGGGGAGAGACCAUUCACCUGCGCAUUGUGUGGGAAGAGAUUCACUCAAUCAUCCCACCUCCUGACACACAAACUUGUUCAUACAGAUAAGAGACCUUUUAAAUGUUCUGACUGUGAGAAGAGCUUUAAAAGUAAAAAGGAUUUACAGAACCACCAACGCACUCUGUCUGGGGAGAGGCCAUUCACCUGCUCCGUGUGUGGGAAGGGAUUCACUUGUUCAUCCCACCUUCUGAAACACCAAUUUGUUCACACUGAUCAGAGACCAUUCCAUUGUUCUCAGUGUGAGAAAAAAUUUAAAAGCAAAAGGGAUCUUCUGAAACAUCAACACACACACACUGGGGAGAGGCCGUUCACCUGCUCUACCUGUGGGAAGGGAUUCACUCGGUUAGCCCAUCUGGUGAGACACCAUCGAGUUCACACUGGGGAGAGGCCGUUCACCUGCCCUGAGUGUGGGCAGGAAUUCAUUGAUUCAUCUGACCUUCUGAUACACCAGCGAGUUCACACUGGAGAGAGACCGUACACUUGCCCCUUGUGUGGGAACAGAUUCACUCAGUCAUCCCAUCUCACUACACACCAACUUGUUCACACUGAUCAGAGACCUUUUAAAUGUUCUGACUGUGAGAAGAGCUUUAAAAGUAAAAGGAAUCUGCUGACACACCAGCAAGUUCACACUGGGGAGAGACCGUUCACCUGCUCCAUGUGUGGGAAGGGAUUCGCUCAGUCAAAGAACCUGCUGAGACACCAGCAAGUUCACAUGCGACUGCAGGGGAUGGAUUCUGCUGUUAUUGCUGCUUUUAACCUCAUCCAGGACUGAAUCAUGUCUGGACGCCUGUUUCAUUGGGGUUCCACAGUCUUGUGGUUUAUAUCAAUGAUAUAGACUUAAAUGUAGGGGCAACGAUUAAGAAAUUUGCAGAUGAUACAAAAGCUGCUGGUUUUAACAAUGUGGAAGGAAGCCAUGGACUGCAGAAUGACCUUAAUGGACUGGUCAGAUGGGCAGGAAAAUGGCAAAUGGAAUUCGAUCUGGAGCAGUGUGUGAUAAUGAAUUUGGGAGGGCAACAAGACAAAAAAUGGGUUAAUGUUGAGAAUUGUAGAGGAACAGAGGGACCUUGGGGUGCAUAUCCACAGAUCCCUGAAUGUGGAUGGACAGGUAGAUCAGGUGGUCAAGAAAGCAUUUGGGACACUUUGUUGUCCGGGGCCUAGAAUAUAAAAGCAGGGAGAUUAUGUUAGAAUCGUAUGAAACACCAGUUAGAGUACUGAGUAUAGGUUUGAUCACUGCAUUAAACAACUAAAAAAUAAGACUAGAUACAUUAAUUAGCAUAAAACUGAAGUCAAUUUGAUUAUUUAUCUUAUAAUUACAGACAGUGUUUCAUUCAUC